AUGGCCCGCCGCCGUCUUCGCCGUGAGGAAUAUACUGUGGGAUGGGUGUGCGCGCUCUCGGUCGAACUGACUGCCGCAGUGGUAAUGCUGGACGAAAGGCACGAAGGCCUCGAGCAGGCUGAUGACGACGAUAAUUCCUACGAGCUUGGGCGCAUAGGGGAACACAAUGUUGUUAUCGCCUGUCUGCCAGCAGGCUUGAAUGGCAGCCUCGUUGCAGCAGUGGUGGCAAAGCAGAUGAUGUCGACAUUCAGGUCGAUACGGUUUGGUCUGCUGGUCGGCAUUGGAGGCGGUGUUCCAAUCAUCGAGGAAGAUAUCCGUCUGGGAGACGUGGUAGUUAGCUCCCCGCGUAAAGACCAUGGAGGUGUGAUACAGUUCGACCUUGGCAAGUUGACUCCAAGAGGUUUCCAGCGCGCAGGGUUUCUCAACUCUCCGCCGGCGAUAUUAAGAAGCGCAGCUGUGCAGAUGCACGCAAGCGAAGAAAUGGGGAGAAGUAAUCUCGCAGAACACCUUUUGAAGCUUCGUCAUAUCCCCAAAUUCACCCGUGAGGCUGCGGGCCCGGACGUUUUGUUCGAGGCGUCUUACAUCCACGAAGACGGACCGACCUGCCAGUCAUGCAGUGCAGAGAAGCAGAUUGCUCGGCAGCCACGACCGAGCGAAGAGCCCGUGGUUCACUACGGGACAAUUGCAUCGGGCAACCACACCAUCAAAAACGCAGUCGAGAGAGAUGCCAUAAGUGAGGCAAAUGGCGGAGUACUCUGCUUCGAGACGGAGGCGGCAGGUCUAAUGAACAGCUUCCCAUGCCUUGUCAUCCGAGGCAUCUGCCACUACGCCGACUCGCACCAGAACAAGAUGUGGCGGCCAUACGCAGCAGGGACAGCAGCAGCAUGGGCAAAGGAACUGCUGUUGGUGACACCGCAGUCAGAAGUAGCGAAGCGAAGCACAGAGGACAAGCGUACACUCGCACAGAAAGAGGCCGACAAGUGGUUCACAGGAGAAUCGCAAAUGGAGAAAGCAAACAGGUUUCUCGAGAGGUACAGGAAGAGCCCGCUUCAUCAUAAAGAUAUGGUCAUGAUUGGAAUCUUGGACACUGGUAUCGAUCUCGACCAUCCCGCAUUUAAACCAUUUAUCGAGACACGGCAGAUCCACCAAAGUUUGUGUAGGAAUUUUGUAAAGGAAAAUGAACCAAUGAGCGAUAAUAGUGGACAUGGAACACACUGCGCACAUACUAUCCUCAAAGUUUGUAGAACAGCACGACUUUACGUUGCAAAAGUUUUCGAAAACGAUGAGGGGGACGAGAGAUCUGAAGACAGAAUUGUUGAGGCUAUCAAUUGGCUUGCAGAAAAAGAGGUCGACAUUGUCUCAAUGGCACUUGCGUUUGGGCAACAGAAACUUAAAAUUGAACGGGCCAUCAGAAAGGCUAUCGGCUUGCACGAUGUGCCGGUGCUUUUCUUCGCUGCCGCCUCCAACGACAAACACUACUCCAAAGACCCAGUUGGGCAUCCGGCCCGAAUGGACGAGGUCAUCAGAGUCAAUUCCUGUACCUAUGAGGGUAUCAAAUCCUCCUUUAGCCCUUCCAGCGACAAAAAAGACAAUGCCCUUGGCACCAUCGGUGAGGAAAUCCUGUCCGCUUAUUCCCAGCAGAAGUACGGGAUCAGAAUAGAGAUGCGACAGAGUGGAACAUCAAUGGCCACUGCAGUUAUGACCGGUAUUGCUGGGCUAGUCAUCGAGUUCAUGAAGUUUACAGAAGUGCCACAUGAUGACACUAGAGAGAUGCAAAUGCGGCUUCACAGCUGUAGUGGGAUGAAGGCUGUGCUUUCUAGGUUGAUGUCGGCAAAUACUGUGCUUGAUCCGCACAAUUACAUCUACGUGAUGCCGUGGCAGUUGUUCAGUGAAAGCCAUGAACACAAUGAUGUUGUUCGCGAUAUCAAUCGCGCGUUGGAUGCGGGCAUAUGA